CUUGUCCUCAUGUAUGCCGUAAAUAAAUACUACGCUGAUACGCUGAUAAAGACAAAAUACAGACAUUUUAAUUUCAAACUUUAAAUGUAAGAUUUAAGCUUUUAUAUGAAUCCACUGAUCACAGGAGGGUCAGCCCUGCACACAGUCUUUUUAACUGGGAGGGCCGCAAUAACAUACGGGUGGAUUUAUAUGGAGAGGCGCCGGAAGCAGCAGGUUGGUGCAGGACAGCAGAGAGGGGAGCAGGCAGUGCGGGAUUAUCCUUUGGGCUCUGUUUAAACCAUCCGCUAUAUCUUUUCAUAUUUUUGCGCCGCCGGGACAACAUGGAUCUGACCCAAGAGUCCAUUUUGUCCUUUUUACUGGAGCACGGAGGCAAAGUAAAGAACUCGGAGCUGCUAAACUAUUUCAGAAGCCGCAUCAACUGCAGCGAUCCCGCGGAAAAGCAGCACAAUAGAGAGCUUUUCAAGAAGCUGGUGAACAGCGUCGCUGUGGUCAAACAGAUCGACGAGGUGAAAUUUGUGGUCGUGAAGAAAAGGUACCAGGACUUUAUUAAAGAGGCGGCACAGGAUGUGUCGCAGAAACUGCAGAUGGAUGACAGCUUCUCCAGCCAAAACACGAGUUUUUCCUGCACAUCUCCAGACCGAGCCGAGGCAGCCAGGGCUGAUUUAGAUAUUGAAAACAAUAACGUGAGCGACGCCUCAAACUGUAAUCCCAGUUAUAACACCAAUGUAAAACACAUGUCCCUGGGGGAAAUUCAGAAAAAGAGUCUGUUAUCUAGAAACGUGAGUAUCGCGGAUACGACCACCGUUAAGGUCCUGAAUAUCUCCGGAGAUCAGGCGAGCAGAGCGGGGAAAUCUGGAGCUGUGUUCGCUGUCAUAGCUGUGAAAUCUCCAGGGAGAGACUGUGCACCAGCAGCACUGGGCGGAUCACACUCCCGAGUGCAUCAGCAGAUAACUUUAGACAAACCAAUUAAUUCGAGUGCUAAAGUUUCUACACGACCAGCACCAACUUCAAACGCAAAGUUUUCAGCUUGCAAGGGGAUAUCCAGAGAAAUCCAAAGUAAGAUGGUCACACACAAAGAUGACACACACCCACAAGUUUUACCAGAGGUGAGGCCGCCAAACAAGACCACAAGACAAGCAGAUGAUGCCAAGUACUCAGAGUCUGUGCCUUUGGAGCCGCUGGCUCAUGAGUGGUUGGUGAAGUGUGCAGCUGGGAUGUGGGGACAUAUAUAUGCUUUGCUGCUGCGGGAUACUGGUUUAGCCCAGAGGAAAGACUUCAUGUCAGGGUUCACAGCACUUCACUGGGCUGCGAAGGACGGCAGCAGCGAAAUGAUACGCAAACUCAUGGACAUCCCCAGGAAACGUGGCAUCCAUGUAAACGUCAACACCAAAGCACAUGGAGGCUACACGCCUUUGCACAUUGCUGCCAUACAUGGGCACACUGAGGUCAUGGUUCUGCUUGUGCAAAGAUACAGAGCCAAUGUAAAUGAAAGAGACAAUGAUGGCAAAAAGGCUUUUUACUACCUGGGCAAAGGUGCUCCGGCUGAGGUCAGAGCACUUCUGGGGAUGAAGCAGAGGGAUAAAGCAGAAGAUAUAGAGUACAGAGAGCAGACGAAAGGCUUCAACACAAUCAGUAAACUGUUUCAGCCUCAUGGGAAGAAACAAAAGACUAAGUUUGCUCAUGACUGGUCACUUCUGGAUUCCUGACUUUUCAAAGUAUGAGGAAAUACAAAAAUAGACUGUACCUUCCUACUUCUUGGUAAAUAGUAACUGUCAACUCAUCAACCUGUCAUAUAUUGAUCUAGUAUGCUCAUUGCCUUUGUGGACUACUGAUCACAUUUACAACCACUUUUAUCAUCCAAAUGAAAUCAGUUAGCUUUGUCAAAGGAAAAGGAAACAUUCAGUAUAGCUGAAGAAAUAAAUAAAGUUAGGUUUAACAUAUUCAACAUCUCAGUGUUAGUACAUGCAAAGAGGAUGGAAGAGAAGCAAAGCAAAGCAGGAAAGAAACUAGUUAGGGUAGUGCAGUGUUUGCUUUAUACACUUCUUUGUCAACAGUUUGUACUGUAUGAGGAAGACACUGUUCUGUGGGAUAAGCAGUAUCGGCCAAAGCUCUAAAACAUACUGCAAUAAAUACAAAGCAGUGUCCACAUCUUUAAAUAAAUACAUUAAGAUUAAACUGUAUUCAAAAGUUAAUGAGCAAGGAACACUAACUAUUGCAGUGACUUGAUUAACAUUUAAUUACAUUGGAUUUAAUACCUUCAACACAAUGAAGUGGAAAAAGCCUUUGCAAUGUUUUAUCUAAACUAUAUAACUAAACCUAAACUUAUUAAAACAUAUUUUCUUGUUUAGACAUGACUGACUAAACAUAAGUCUUUUUUCAAGACCAGCUAUGCAUCAAAACAUCAUUUUGGGAUUAAAUAACCUCAUUUGUUACUUAGCUGACCCAGUCUGAAAACAAGUUUGGGUCUAAAAGGCACUUGGACAAUAAAGCCGUAUUCAAAGCAGUGCCAGAACAAUGUCCUUUGUGUUGUUAUUGAGGAAAAGAAGCUGCUUACAUAAAGACAAAGGACAGCUCCACUCAUAGAAACUGUGCCAUGUGAUUAUGAAAGGAAAUCUCCCACAGAAAGGUUUCCUAUGUCCCAUGAUCCAAGCAAAACUUCUAAACAUCAAAGUUUUUCUAGGGUAACUAUAUUAGAUCCUGUUAAUAAAAAUGUUUUAUUCAUCAAGAUUUUAUAUACUAACUGCACUUGCUGUAAAUGAACUGAUUUUAUUUGCUUCAGUACUUGUAGUAAACUGGGGCAAAGCUAUAACCAAAGCUCUGAAAUGGUCCCUUGAGUUUAUAGUUACACUCUAGAGAACACCAGUACAAAAAGCUGUAGUGUGGUGCCAUAAUUAUAUGAUGUGCCACAAGCGUGGUGUUUGAGAACAAAGUUAGGGAUCAAAGUUUUUACAAUAAACACAAAUCUGUGGGAACACUAUAAAAACCAGUGGGUGCAACGUGCCAAUCAAGUACAAAACAAUUUGUGAGUGGAGACUGUGAUAUACUGGACUGAUAGUGAUACUAACGUUUAAAAUAACAAUAUACCCCAUGAAGAUAUUUAAUCACAAAUUUAAAAUCACCCACUCCAUACACAAAGACCCCAGCUGGAACCUGAACCAGACACCAUGAAUUAACCAUGCUAACCGUUGCACCACCAUAGCACCCCAAUAAUUUUUUUUCAUUACUAUUUUUUCCAGUUUACCUAUUACAGGAUCAACAACUAGAGGCAGUUAAUCAUUCACAAUCACGCUUAAACCGACAGCCAGUUUUUGGAAUUAUGUUAUUGGAGUGUGGAGGAAACUGGAGUAUUUGGAGAGAACAUGCAAUCCCUACAUUUAAAGGUACAGUGUGUAAAAUCCCACCGCUAGAUGUCAGUAGAUUGCAGUCAACUGAGUUCUGAUUUCUUACCCCUCCUAAUUCUAAUGUAUAAUCCUAGCUACAGUGUACGGCAGCCAAGAGAGAGCAAAACAUUAAAUUUAGACUGCUCUAUAACAGCCACGGCCAGCUGCUUUGCAUUUCUGUACAAAAACAUUUUUCUACACACUAUAUUUUAACAUUUUUCAAUAAUAUCACCCCUUAUCAAUAAAUCAGGAAUAGAAAAAAAUUGCAGAAUUUUACAUAUUUACCCCCAAGUCCACUCAAAAAACUCUGGCUGAUGUUCAUCUAUAGUAAGUGUAGGCUGUCAGUCCACCAUUUAUGUUAGCAAUAUGCUGGAGGCUUUGUGAAAGGAGCCUGAAAUGAGUCAAUGAGCCAGUAAAACUCACGUCUGUUAGAUGACACUGAUAUUGAGGAUAUUCUGAACUUCUCUGCUGCUAAGCACUGCUAUAUCUGCCAGCUAUAUCUAACAUUGCUGGACUCUGAUGCUUAGUGGAUAAACUCUCACGUAAAAUGAGAAUGUAACCAAACUGUUUUUCAGAGGCUGUGAUUUUUAGGACACUCAAGCGUAACAUAAGCUGGGAUAAUGUUAGCUAAUACCAGCUAUUGUUGAUGUUUAGAUUCCAAAGAUAAUGGAAAUAACAAUACAAAUUAGUCAUCUGGCACAGUAUGUCAGGUCCAAUGGUGAGAAGCCGUUCAGUAAACAUAAACCCACACUUCUGUAGUGAUGACAUGACAAAACAUACUGUCACAUUUGACGAGCUGAUGAAGGAAAUAAACCGUUUCUGUCAAAAACUACACACAUUUGUCUGGGACAUGGUCCAGAUUGGUUAUUUAAAACUCACACAUAAAUCUGUUGGCAGCCUUUUCAAGCUGUCCAAAUAAAAUGGUGUAAAAAGAAAGAAAGGAAAAAAAGUGUACUGGGAAGCUGGCAAAAAGUAAAUUUUGUUUGUAUGGCUUGUUUAUGUUCUUUAUAGCAUAAUACUUUACUGUUCUCAAACUUGUUUAAUUA